AUGGAAGAUUGGGAAGAAGCCCAUGAAGCUUUGAAGGCUGACAUUAACGAGCUAAAGGAUCAAGUGGGCCAAAUCCUAGAGGCUUUGAAGUCACUGAAGGCUUCAGGGGAGGCCUCAUCCGCUAGGGUCGAGGAGAAUGCUCAUUCUUAUGGUACGCCUCUAGGCGCGUCAGUUCCGUUCCCAAUGUACGGUUUGCCUCUGGGAUACACUCCUCCAGUUGGAGAAUAUUCAGAUGCAGAACAAACUUCUUUCUCUUUUCCUGUAGCUAACAACACGCUAUCGAACGGUACUCAAGGGCCGAUGUUAGCUUCGACACCCGUGACAGGAGCAGAGAUGAAUGAGACAGUCACAUUCACAGGACCGAGGAUGACUGUGGCGCCCCAACCUCCGAAAACCUUCAUCGAUGCAGAUGCUGCGACUAAAGCUGUACCACACGCUACAGUCCAAGCAAUGUCCAUAGUUGUUGAUGGGGCUAAAAGUAAACUUGAAAUUCUUGAGGAAAGGAUUCGUGCCAUUGAGGGUGGUGGAAGCUAUGGGUUCGGUGAUGUGGCGAGAUUAAGCCUGGUUCCUGGUGUGAUGAUACCACACAAGUUUAAGGUCCCAGAAUUUGAAAAGUAUCACGGCACCACAUGCCCUAAAAGCCAUCUGACAAUGUACGGUAGAAAGAUGGCUGCUUAUGCCUAUGAUGAAAAAUUGCUAAUACAUUGUUUCCAAGAUAGUUUGGCUUGGGUAGCAUUGAAUUGGUAUACACACUUGGAGCCAUCUCGAAUUCAUUCCUGGAUGGAUUUGGCCGACGCCUUUGUGAAACAGUAUAAAUACACCACAGAUAGUGCGCCAGAUAGAUUGCAAUUGCAAAACAUGGCCAAGAAGGAUACUGAGUCCUUCAAGGAAUAUGCACAACGGUGGAGAGAGUUGGCUGCUCAGGUUGAGCCACCUCUACUUGAUAAGGAGAUGGUGGCGACGUUUGUAAACACGCUGCAAUCACCAUUUUAUGAGCAUGUGUUGGGGAAUGUGUCUUCCAAUUUCGCUGAUAUCAUCAUCAUAGGGGAAAGAAUAGAAAUCGGGUUAAAAAGUGGAAAGAUUGCAUAUGGCCCAUUCGCGACUGCAACUCCUAAGAAACCUAAUUUUAUUCCCGGAAAGAAGAAAGAAGCGGAAGUACAAGCGGCCUCAGUGAUGCCUGUGUGGGAAAGUCGGGCUCCUACGAUUAAUUAUCGACCACACUUGAACCAACCUCCUUAUGUGGCCAAUGCAGUGUCUGUUCAUCAAACACGACCUCAGCAGCAAGGAAACGCGGGACAAAACGCUAAUCUAAGGAGGAAUCAAGAGAGGAACUUCGUUCAUUUCACUCCUAUUCCUAUGUCAUAUACGGAAUUAUUGCCUCAUCUCCUCCAAAAGCGUUUGGUGGCCAUUUGUCCGAUGAAGCCUGUGCAACCUCCGUUCCCCAAGAAUUAUGAUCCAAAUGCCAAAUGUGACUAUCACGGAGGGGGAGCUGGUCACUCUAUUGAGAAUUGUGUGUCCCUUAAACACAAGGUGGAAGCUUUAAUCAACUCAGGAUGGAUAAAGUUGCAUGAAGACAAACCUAGUGUUGAGGCUAAUCCCCUUUCUGGUCUUGGGAACCCUUCGACAAAUGCCAUUGAGGUUAAGAAAUACCGACUGGUGAGGGAUGUGAAUGAAAUUCGAAGCUCCAAGCGGUUUGUUUUUGAGACACUAUUAAAAUUAGGUUUGUUAAAAGGAGAAUAUAACCUGAGUAAAAAGUGUGGAUUCCAUCCGAGUGCUAAACAUUCUAUCGAUGAAUGCACAGAGUUCGAGGAUGUUCUACAAAAUCUUAUAGACAGAAACUUUGUGCAAGUAUGUCACGAACACAUGGAGGAUGAAGUAUUUGCACAAGAUGGUGCGGAACCUGGUGUGACUUUGCCAGAGCCAUUGGUGAUUCAUUUCACUAGAUCCACCUCUACCCCGACAAUUCAAGAAAGACAAUCUAUUAUUAUCCAAACACCCUCCCCAUUUCCCUACAAAAGUGAGAAAGCUGUCCCAUGGAAAUAUGGUGCAUACGUGUUGGGUGAGGAACAACGGGUAGGUGGUCAACCUAGCAGUUGUGAGUCAGUGGUGAAAAAUAUAUCAGGCAUAGGUGGAAUUACGAGGAGUGGUCGAAUCUUUACGCCUCCAAACUUGAUGAAAGAUGGAGUUGGCAAUAGUGAAUCGGCGAAUACCAAAAAGGCUAAGGAACUCUUGAAAGGGAAAACCAUCCAAACCGACGAGGGUCUAAGAAAAGACGAUGGGAAAGAAGUAUCUGAUGAGGAGGCUUGCGAGUUCUUGAAGUUCAUACAACAAAGCCAGUAUAAAGUGGUCGAACAGUUGAAUCGCCUGCCUGCUCGAAUCUCACUUUUAGAACUACUCAUGCAUUCAACCUCUCAUAGAAAGUUGUUAAUGAAGAUACUCAAUGGAGCGCAUGUGGAGCAAAAUAUUUCUCUGGACAGUUUUAAGGGAAUUGUUAACAAUAUCACUGCUAAAUUACCGUUUACCGAUAAGGAGAUACCUACUGAAGGGAGGGGACACAACAAGGCUCUCCAUGUCUCUGUAAAAUGCUUGGAUCAUGUCAUAGCACUUGUAUUGAUCGACAAUGGAUCUUCCCUGAAUGUAAUGCCAAAAACAACAUUGGGAAAGCUACCGUGUGAAGGUAUUCACAUGAAACCAAGCGCAAUGAUAGUGAGAGAUUUCGAUGGGAGUAAAAGAGAAGUAAUGGGAGAGGUAGAAUUGCCAAUCCAAAUAGGGCCAUGUGUCUUUCAAAUAACUUUCCAAGUGAUGGACAUCCUUCCAGCAUACAGUUGCUUGUUGGGUCGUCCUUGGAUUCACUCAGCGGGCGUAGUACCUUCAACCUUGCACCAAAAGUUAAAAUAUGUCAUGGGUGACAAAUUAGUGAUUGUUUCAGGGGAGGAAGAUAUUUUAGUAAGUGGGCCUUCAUCUUCUCGCUAUAUUGAAGCAGCAGAGGAAGCCCUCGAGACAGCCUUCCAAUCUUUGGAAAUUGUGGGAAAUGCCUAUGUGGAGCCCUUUCCAAUGAACCCACACUUGUCGCGUACUUCCCUUAUGACGGCCAAGGUCAUGUUGAAAGAGGGAUAUGAGUACAAAAAGGGGCUAGGCAAGUACGAGCAAGGAUUGAUGUAUCCUUUAGAAGUCACCGAGAAAAAGAAUAAAUAUGGCCUUGGAUACAAGCCUACUAGAGAGGAUAAGAGGAGGUUGGCGCAAGAAAGGAGAGAGCGCGGUGUGGCUCGAAUCCAAGGAAAAGAACUGGGGUUAGGAAAGAUUCGCAUCUGCGACAUCAAAGAUAGCUUCUGCAGCGCGGGAUGGAUCAACACUAGUCAGAUAGCAACUGUCAGAGAUGAAGAUGAACCUGAAAGCUCGAUUUUUGUGCAGCCUUGUGCUCCAAAUGCGCUACUCAACAAUUGGGAGACUUUGGUUCUACCCGUGAUGUUUAAUUUGGUUAAAAUAUAUGAUAAUGAAUGUUUUGAAAAUAACAAUGUCGAUAUCCCUAACUUCGAGCACCCUGUCAAUAAUAUGGAAGAUGAUUAUGAAGGUGACUCGGAACCCUCCCCUGAACUAAUGAGAUUAGUGGAACAAGAAUCUAGGGAAAUAAAACCCCAUCAAGAAGAUGUUGAAGUGCUUGACCUAAGUGAGGGGGAUGAAAAGAAAGAAGUGAAAAUUGGCACGAGUAUGAAGGAAGAAGUGAAAGAAGAAUUGUGUGUGCUGCUAAAGGAGUUUAGGGAUGUGUUCGCUUGGUCGUACAAUGAUAUGCCUGGUUUAGAUACUGAUAUAGUACAACAUAAGCUUCCACUCAAACCGGAAUGCCCUCCAGUCAGACAAAAGCUAAGAAGGAUGAAACCAGAAAUGUCAUUAAAGAUUAAAGAAGAAGUGCAAAAGCAAUUUGACGCUGGAUUUCUAGCUGUGGCAAAAUACCCUCAAUGGGUGGCAAAUAUUGUACCCGUGCCCAAGAAGGAUGGGAAGGUUCGGAUGUGCGUUGACUAUAGAGAUUUGAACCGGGCGAGCCCAAAAGACAACUUCCCAUUACCGCACAUCGAUACAUUAGUGGAUAAUACAGCCAAGUUCUCGCUAUUUUCGUUUAUGGAUGGCUUCUCGGGAUAUAAUCAGAUUAAGAUGGCACCUGAAGAUAUGGAAAAGACCACGUUUAUCACAUUGUGGGGGACAUUUUGCUAUAAGGUGAUGUCUUUCGGGCUUAAGAAUGUUGGGGCCACCUAUCAAAGGGCCAUGGUGGCGCUUUUUCAUGAUAUGAUGCACAAAGAAAUCGAGGUUUAUGUAGAUGACAUGAUCGCCAAGUCUGAGUCAGAAGAAGAACACAUCCUCAACCUAAGGAAAUUAUUUGAGAAAUUGAGGAAAUUUAAACUUAAACUAAACCCAGCAAAAUGCACAUUCGGUGUGAGAUCUGGAAAGUUGUUGGGUUUUGUUGUCAGUCAAAAGGGGAUAGAAGUCGAUCCCGACAAGAUGCGUGCGAUAAUCGAAAUGCCUGCUCCCAGUACAGAAAAGGAGGUACGAGGUUUCUUGGGCAGACUGAACUACAUUGCUAGGUUCAUCUCCCAGUUAACCGCCACUUGUGAACCAAUAUUCAAGCUAUUGCGUAAAAACCAGGUUGUUGAGUGGAAUGAAGACUGUCAGACUGCUUUUGAUAAAAUCAAACAAUAUCUACAAGAUCCUCCUGUGUUACGCCCACCCGAACCGGGGAAGCCACUCCUUAUGUAUUUGACGGUACUUGAUGAGUCAAUGGGUUGUGUGUUGGGUCAACAUGACAAAACUGGAAAAAGAGAGCAUGCCAUAUACUACCUGAGCAAGAAGUUCACGGAAUGUGAACAACGAUACUCGUUUUUAGAGCGAACUUGUUGCGCAUUGGCAUGGGCUGCCCAUCGUCUAAUACAAUACAUGUUAAGUCAUUCUACCUGGUUGAUAUCCAAGACUGACCCUAUCAAGUAUAUUUUUGAAAAGCCCGCUCUCACCGGAAGGAUAGCCCGGUGGCAAAUGCUAUUGUCAGAAUACGACAUUGUGUAUGUCACUCAGAAGUCCAUCAAGGGUAGUGCUUUGGCUGAAUAUCUGGCCCAACAACCCGUUAACGAUUACCAGUCGAUGCAACCCGAAUUUCCUGAUGAGGACAUCAUGACCUUGUUUGAAGAUGACCAAGAAGAUGAUAACAUAAAGAAAUGGACGUUAUUAUUCGACGGGGCUUCUAACGUCAUGGGACAUGGUAUAGGGGCAAUACUAAUAUCUCCAGAAAACCAAUACAUUCCAAUGACAGCAAGGUUGUGUUUUAAUUGCACAAACAAUAUCGCUGAAUACGAAGCAUGCGCUAUGGGCAUCCAAGCCGCGAUUGAGUCAAAGGCAAAAUUUUUGAAUGUAUAUGGAGAUUCAGCGUUGGUUAUCCAUCAACUAAGGGGAGAAUGGGAAACUAGGGAUCAGAAGUUGAUUCCCUACAAAACUUAUAUCAUGGAAUUGGUGGAGUAUUUUGAUUUCAUUAAAUUCCACCAUAUUCCGCGAGAGGAUAACCAAUUGGCAGAUGCCUUAGCUACUUUAUCAUCGAUGUUCAAGAUUAAUCAGGAUGGGGUAAUGCCGAUGAUCCAAAUGAAGAGCCAUGAAGGGCCAGCAUAUUGCCAUUUCAUUGAAGAAGAGUUAGACGGUAAGCCGUGGUAUUUUGAUAUUAAACGCUAUAUAAAAACCAGAGAAUACCCUGAAGAAGCAUCUGAGAAUGAUAAAAGGACACUGAGAAGGUUGGCUGCAAAUUUUAUCCUGAGUGGGGAUGUGUUGUACAAGAGAAAUCAUGAUAUGGUUCUCCUUCGAUGCGUGGAUGCAAAAGAGGCCGAGUCAAUAUUGGAGGAAGUUCAUGAAGGAACUUUUGGCACACACAUGAAUGGACACUCGAUGGCUAGAAAGAUCUUGAGGGCUGGUUACUUUUGGUUGACUAUGGAGAAUGAUUGUUGCACACACGUGAGAAAGUGCGAGAAAUGUCAGAAGUAUGCAGAUAAUAUCAAUGCGGCACCCACUACUUUAAACUUAAUGUCUGCCCCAUGGCCGUUUUCAAUGUGGGGGAUAGAUGUCAUCGGGGCUAUAGAGCCAAAAGCCUCAAACGGACAUCGCUUCAUUCUAGUUGCAAUUGAUUAUUUCACUAAAUGGGUGGAAGCUGCUUCCUACGCUAGUGUGACUAGGAAGGUUGUGACUAAAUUUAUAAAAAGAGAGUUAAUUUGUAGGUACGGGUUGCCUAGCAAGAUAAUCACUGAUAAUGCCACCAAUCUGAACAAUCAAAUGAUGCCCGAAUUGUGUGAAGGAUUUAAAAUUCAGCAUCAUAAUUCUUCUCCUUAUCAUCCAAAGAUGAAUGGGGCAGUCGAGGCUGCUAAUAAGAAUAUCAAGAAGAUUGUACAGAAAAUGGUGGUCACGUAUAAAGACUGGCAUGAGAUGCUUCCCUUUGCUUUGCAUGGGUAUCGCACCUCAGUACGUACAUCAACUGGGGCAACACCUUUUUCUCUGGUGUACGGAAUGGAGGCAGUACUACCCUUCGAGGUAGAAAUCCCAUCCCUACGAGUGUUAAUGGAGACCCAGUUGGAAGACGCAGAAUGGGUUCAGGCCCGAUUUGACCAACGUAAUCUCAUUGAGGAAAAAAGGCUAGCAGCAGUGUGUCAUGGACAGUUAUAUCAAAUAAGGAUGAAAAAGGCGUUCGACAAAAGGGUGCGCCCUAGAGAGUUCCAUGAAGGCGAGCUAGUCUUGAAAAAGAUCUUACCUAUACAAAAGGAUCAUAGGGGCAAGUGGACUCCAAAUUAUGAAGGCCCGUAUGUGGUGAAGAAAGCAUUUUCUGGUGGGGCACUAAUUCUCACAAGGAUGGAUGGAGAGGAGUUACCGUUACCGGUCAAUUCUGAUGCGGUCAAAAAGUUUUAUACAUGA